AUGGAUAAUAGUUCAAAAAAAAAAAAAAAAAAUUGUAAUAAUAUAGAGAAUUAUAUUUCUCAGAAAAAUGGAGAUACAGAAUCAUUUCCCUUUAUUGAAGAAUUAGGUGAUGAUUUAUUAAAUUUAUUAGAAAAAAGGAACAAUAUUGAAAAGAAAUACAUAACACCUAAUGAUACAAAUUUUUUAAAACUUAAUAUAAAUAAUGAUAAAGUUAUAGAUAUAUUUAAUUACAUAUAUGAAAUGAUAACUAAAAAAAAUGAAAUGCGAAAAGAACAAAUGAAAUUAACUCUUUUUAGUAUUAAUAGAUGUGUUGACUUUUUUAAUGAUUUUGUUUUUCUUAUAAAAAUUUUUUGUGAAAUUAACUUUUCUAAAUCUCCAAAUAAUAUAAAUCAAAGCAUAUAUAAAUUCAUAUUUUUUUGGUUUUUAUUAUUAUUUAUUACAUCUUUUUUUACUUUCUAUCUUCGUAAAUUUUUUAUAUUGAAUAUAAUUCCUAAAAAACAUCACAAUUUAUUUUCUUUAUUUAAAGUAUUUAAAGAAAUUAAGUCAAUAGAUCAGAAUAAUUUAUCAAUUUUAUACUUUUAUGAUAGAAUUCAAAAAACAUACGUAAUAAUUAAUAAAUUUUUUGAAGAUAUACCUCAGUUUUUAUUAUGUUUAUUAUAUAUGAUAUUAAAUGGAAAAGAUAAAUUUAUAAUUUUUAAUAUAUUAUAUUCUGUUCUUUAUUUCAUAAUAAAUACAAUAGAUCUUGGCUUUAACUACCCAAUCAUAGGCACUUUAAAUUUAUUCUUUUCAACAUAUAUUUUAGAUGAUUCUUUUGUUGAAUAUGAUGCAGCUCCUACUAAUAAAAUUUUUUGUUUAUAUUCAUUUUUUGUAUUUUUUAUUUGGUCACUUCUAGCCCUAUCAACAAAAAGACUUGCUAGCAUUUUUUGGCUACCAUUUAUAUAUUUUCAAUUUUCAAUACUCUUCUUAAUUUCGAUUAUAUUUUUAUUAAUUUUUUUGUAUUUUUAUUUUCACGCAAAGCAAAAUUUUUAUUUAAAUCCAUAUUAUUGUUUAUAA